AUGGAUGAUGGACUCACAUUAGUGGAAAGAAUCAGGCAAGAUCAAAUUGAAGAAGCUUUAAGGAAUAAACAAACGUAAAAAUAAUGCAGGCAAGCUGAAGAAAAGCCAAAAAUAGUUAAAUCGAAGGGCAUGAGGGAUCGGUACAAGAUACACCGAGACCCUUACUUGAUACUGGAAGAUACUUUAGAAGGGUUUGUGAUGAAAUUUAUAAAGGAGGCAGGGGGAGAGGUUUAUGAAUCCCAGCUUAUAGAUGCCCUUGAAAACAAUCUUGGCUAUUUGCGCUCUUAUGUAAAAGCUAUAGCCUUUGAGUGCGUUUGAAUCAUUAAUGGUUAUUAUUUUUAAAAUAAAGGUAUAUAAAAAAAGCUGGCCUUAUAGGUUUGAUUAGCUCAUACACCUUACUCUCCCCCUCCCUCCGUGAGUGAACAAAACCAUUAGAAAAAUCACCAUUUUUUGCCCAAAAAACCCCACCCUCCGUGAGUGAACAAAAAUUGUUUUAAUAGAAAAAUUUUUUAUGGAAAAAAUUUUUGAUAUAUAAAUGAUAAUUAGUAUAAUGAAAUCUAGAGCUAAUUCUAUGUAAUUUUAAACAAAUUGCUCUUUAAAACAUAAAUUUUAUAAAUUAAAUUAAUAUUUGCCUUCCAAUUUUUGCGAAUUAGGAUUUUUUUAAAUUUAGAAAAAAAAUAUUUUUUAUAAAAUUUAUAUAUAAAUUUUUUUUAAAAAAAACAAAAUUAACCCCCCUCCGUGAGUGAACAAAAAUUUUUUUGUUCACUCACGGAGGGGGGGGGAGUUAGUAGAUUUUUAUAUAGGCGAUUUGAGAUAUAGGUUGAAGUGCUUUAUCAUUCGUUGCUUAAUAAGUGAUCUAGGUUGCCCUGAUUAAUGAAGAAGAAAACGUUUUAUUUAACCCUAUCCUACUAGCUGCACACUCCACAACAAUCUCUACCACAAUCUCCACAACAAUCUCCACAACAACCUCCACAACAAUCUCCACAACAAUCUCCACAACAAUCUCCACAGCAAUCUCCACAACAAUCUCCACAACAAUCUCCACAACAAACUCCACAACAAACUCCACAACAACCACAACAGUCUCCACUUCCAUCUGCCAACAUCAGAGCUCAACUUUCAACUCAACAUCGAAUCAGUGCCCACUCCAGCAGCAGGCGAACAAUCCCAAAAUUAACGAAGAAAGUUUUCUUCAGGGCGGCGAGCCCUUCCUUCGAUUCAAGCUCCACUGAUUGGCUAUCGACAGGUUCGCCACGCAGGGAACAGCACUUCCUCCGGAUAAUCAAUACUCUGGCGAUGGAGUCACCACCAGCUGAUCCCAAGGUUUACCCACCCCAUACGGCAGCUUGAAGCAUGCUAAGGGUUAGAAUUAAAGGGCCUGAACCUUGGUUUAGGCUAUAGGCGAAUUUUGCGGCCAAGAUGGCUCUUCGCGCCAAGGACCUUUUUUAUUCACCACCCACCAUAUUAAUUAUCCUGAUUAAUGAGGAUUCAAAGUGAAAUAUGGUUUAACUAAAACUAAGUUAAAAGGUGAUGGAACUUUUAAAGAAAUAAAAUUUAAUUAGAAAUGCAUAACAGUGUCUUUAUCAUGGUUUCCAGAAACUAGAUACAAUAAAUUUGUAGAAUUUUUAUUUUAUGAGUAAUAGGAUUUUGUUUGUUCAUUCGAUUUUAAUAUUAGGUUUUGCAAAGCAACUAAUUUGGCAAACCAAAUAAAAAGUGAAAAUGGGAAUAUAUAAUCUCUAACUCCCCCCCACAUCCUUGAUCGAACGACUCGCCAUCGUUCGAUCAAGGAUGGGGGUUAAAAAAAAUUUUAUAUAUAAAAAUAAAAUAUAUAUAUAUUGUUUUUAUUUACCUUUAAAUAAGAGGGUUAAGAGUAUUUAAUAAUUAUUUUUACAGCAAAAAAUUUAAUUAAUUUCAUAAAAUACCAAUUUUUAAUAUUUUGAUUUAUUAGUUACCCCUUUAAACUGUAUAAAUUUUAAUUUGUUACUUAUUAAAUUAAUUUGUUUUUUAAAAAUUUUAAAAAAUCUCUAUUUUAUUAGAUUAUUGAGUUUUUAAGCAUAUGUUGAUAACUAAAUCACUUCGGAUGGUUGAUUCCGCAGCUUUCUGUCGUCUCAAAGUCUCUGAAAGCAACUUCAUUAUGUACAUCUUCCAGCUUUUGAUAAAUAAUAUAUAUUUUUAUAUAUAUAAAAAUUUGCAUGAUAUGAAAAUCGUUCGAUCAAGGAUGGGGGUUAAUUUCCCCCAAUUUUUAGGAAUUUUUACAGUCAAUCGUUCGAUCAAGGAUGGGGGGGGAGAAAUUAAAUUUUAUGUGUUGAAAGAUAAUUUUAUUGAAAAAUAGUUGAAUUCAGCGGUUGACUGGGUCUAUCAUUAAAAAUAUAUCUUUCCCGAUUACUUUAAAUUGAUAGAUUGCGUUAAAUUAUAAAUUUAUGAUUUUUAAAUUGUAAAGAUAGUAUUGAGGGUAAUAACGCUCUCAAAGUCACCAUAUUUUGGGCAGCAAGAAACACUUGUAAAGCUAUCCUUAUGGCUCAAAUUUCAUCGAAAAAAUUCUAUAAAAAUUACUUUUUUAAUUGUCUUAUGUCAAAAAAGAAAUUUGCAUUAACUGUGAUUUAAUUUUCAUGGAUCUUAUCAAAAAGACAAAUUCUUUAGGAAUUUAGUUUAAAGUUAAAUAUUUACUUUUUAUUUCAUUUGUUAAAUAAGUUGAUUCGGCAAAGCCUGAUGUAAAAAUGGAAAAAAACACAACAAAAUCCUGUGAGUCAUGAGGUAGAAAUAUUCAGAUUUUAUUGCAUAAAGCAUUGUUAUGUAUUUUUAAUUAAAUAUUAGAGUUCCAUCACUUUUAACUUAGUUUUCAUUAGAAUCUAAACGAUAUUACUAUAAUCCUUACUAAUCAGGGCUAUCUAGAUCACUUAUUUAACAAUAAAUAGCAAAACACUUCAACUAUCUAUCCUAAAUCGCCUAUAUAAAAAUCUAUUAAGGUGAGUGAGCUAUAAUGAAGACCUAUAGCGAUCUACAGUGCUCCAUAAAUAUACUUACAAAGGGAGCCCAAAAUUUUAUAUUGACAAAUUAGUUAAAAAAAGAGUCAUUCUUCAAGAAAAUUUAACGUUCAGAGUCAAUGUAAAAUUUAUUUACUCCCCCCCCAUCCUUGAUCGAACGAUUGACUGUAAAAAUUCCUAAAAAUUGGGGAAAUUAAUCCCCAUCCUUGAUCGAACGAUUUUCAUAUCAUGCAAAUUUUUAUAUAUAUAAAAAUAUAAUAGUUAUCAAAAGCUUGGGAAGAUGUACCUAAUGAAGUUGUUUUCAGAGACUUUGAGACGAUAGAAAGCUUCGGAAUCAACUAUUCAAAGUAAUUUUAGUCAUCAACAUGGGCUUAAAAACUCAAUAAUCUAAUAAAAUAGAGAUUUUUUAAAAUUUUUAAAAAACAAAUUUUUAAUUUAAUAAGUAACAAAUUAAAAUUUAUACAGUUUAAAGGGGUAACUAAUAAAUUAAAAUAUUAAAAAAUUGGUAUUUUUAUGAAAUUAAUUAAAUUUUUUGCUGUAAAAAUAAUUAUUAAAUACUCCUAACCUCUUAUUUAAAAGUAAAUAAAAAAAAAUUUAUAUAUAUAUAUUUUAUUUUUAUAUAUAAAAUUUUUUUUAACCCCCAUCCUUGAUUGAACGAUGGCGAGUCGUUCGAUCAAGGAUGGGGGGGGGAGUUAGGAAAAAUUUGCCGAAAGUUUUGCAGAGAUCAUGAUCCCAAAAAUCAAGAGUUUCCAAUAUAAAAAGCUGCAUGGCCCAGCUAAUCCAAGGCUAAAUCCUACUAGAAACCAAAAAAUAAUAUCCAUGUUUAAACGUUUCGCGAUUCUAUUAAUUUCUGACCCAGAAACCAAACAUUUGCUUCAGCGGCCUCUCAGAAAAGUUGAAGGGACUGAAAACUUUUCAGAUUUUGCCAAAGCUAUGGGUCAAGAAAGAGCAAUUGGGAUAUUGCAGACCUAUAAUUACAUUAGAAAAUUAAAAAGACCAAGAAUGAAAAUUAAAGAAAAAGUCAAAAAACUUUCAAAAGAGGUUGAUGAAGGGUUUUACAACCUAUGCAAAACUAUGGAAAACAUUGAGAAAAACGUGAUUAGGUGGAACGAAAUUUAA